AUGCAGGUGACCGUGGAGGAGCUGGACCGAGACGUUAGCUGCUGGAGAGUCCGGAACACCGCACUGGGGCCUGACGGAAUUCCUGGUCGGGCUCUGGUGCUGAGUCUGGCUGCCUUGGGGGACAGGCUAAGACAACUGUUUACCGGCUGUCUGCGGAGUACCAAGUUCCCCACAGCAUGGAAAGAAGCAAGGUUGAUCCUCUUGAAGAAAGAAAACAGGGCCGCCGAUUCUCCCUCUGCGUACCGUCCCAUAUGCCUGUUGGAGGAGAUUGGCAAAUUAUUCGAAAGGAUAGUUGCUACUCGGCUCAACGGACAUCUGUCGCGCGUCUGUCCCGAUUUGGCAGAAAGCCAAUUUAGAUUCCGACGGAAGUGUUCCUCCAUAGAUGCCACUAUGCGCGUCCGCUCCCUGUCGGAACAAGUAGUAUCCCGGGGUGGUUUGGCGUUGGCGAUAAGUCUUGGUAUUGUCAACGCCUUUGACUCUCUACCCUGGGAUACAAUACGAUGGGCAUUAGAAUACCACCAGGUGCCUGCCUACCUGCAAGACGUAAUCGGGGACUACUUGCGCGACAGGUACAUUCUGUACAUGAAGCAAGAUGGUAGGAAUAUACGGAGGUAG